GUAGACACCCCGACUGGCCAAUCCAAUACUUCAAAGCAAGUGUAAAGAUCUUGGAAACGUAACCUUUGUGCGGAGAAAUGCGGGUGAAAAGAUCUGCACAAUUUCUGUGAGACCGUCAACCGUGCACGGCAUGUUGAGAGAUCAUAUAAUGACAGGAGUGUUCGAUACCCAGAGCAAGCCGGGCCGUCAUCUCCCUCAACACUCGAUUACCAAGUGAGCAUUGUUUCGCCAUGUCGCUAAUCAAGAUUCUGGGAGUUCUUCUUACCUUUAAUUUCUCGGUACAAGCCACCAGGCAUUCCCAUCCUCUUUUUGCUUGGGAGACAACACCUUUGGACCCCAUUAAUUUGGCGAGACUUGUCCAGGACACCAAUACCUCGCAAUAUGAACACCUGUUUCCCUGCACAGGCCAAAAAACCCCAGCAACACCUAAUCGGUUAAGCCCUGGCACCUGCAAAGUGUUUCCAGGAGACAAUGACUGGCCCUCACCGGAAGCAUGGGAUGCCUUUGGUAAGGUCCUCGGUGGUGCUCUGAUCAAGACGGUCCCAGCUGCGGCAGUCUGCUACGCCAAUACAGGCCUCUACGAUGCGCAGAGGUGCUCCCAGGUUCAAGCAAAUUUUAGCAAUCCCUAUUUCCAUGAGGAUGACCCUACCUCUAACUUCUUCCCCAACUUCCAGGGUAGGACCUGUCUUCCAACUUCAGAUCCUCGAUCCUCAAACUGCACACACGGCGCAUUCCCAGUAUACGCAGUGAAUGCUACCAAUGUGCAGCAAAUCCAACUAGCCAUCAACUUUGCAAGGAACACAAAUAUCAGGCUGGUCAUCAAGAACACGGGACAUUGCUACCUGGGCAAGUCGACUGGGGCCGGGGCUCUGAGUAUCUGGACCCAUCACUUGAACGAUAUCCGGUAUUUUGACGACCUGAAAGUUGAUGGCUUUGAGCAAGGUGGCAAAGCACUCAAGAUUGCCCCUGGAGCGACGGUGAGGCAAGUUUAUGAGGCAGCGGAUCGGAAUGGUGUCAGUGUCCUGGGCGGCAUCUGCGAGAGCGUCGGUUAUGCCGGAGGUUACGUAGCUGGAGGCGGUCACACACCCUUGUCAGGCCUCUACGGCAUGGCAGCCGAUCAUGUUCUCGCUCUUCAGCUUGUCACCGCUGAAGGCCAGUUCACCACUGUCUCCCCAAAACAUAAUCCUGACCUCUACUGGGCUCUUCGUGGCGGCGGAGCUGGCACAUUCGGUGUGGUCACCUCUGUGAUCAUCAGAGCUCAACCCAAACUCCCGGUCGUAACCUCCACCUUCUCCAUCAGCACCUCUGAUACUGUCUCCGCCGAGACAUUCUGGAAGGGAAUGCGCGGCUAUUUUGAGCUUUUCAUCCCCUUUACCGAUGCGGGCACGUACUCCUGGUGGGUACUAGUCAAUACCAACGGCAACUAUGUCUUUAGCAUGAGCCCCUUUUUUGCGCCAAACCACACCAUCGAGUCGUUCAACAAGCUCGUCAAGCCAUGGUUUGACCAGCUCACAGAACUGGGUAUUCCAUUCACACCAAACACAACCCAACACGAUGCCUAUCUCCCCGCCUGGGCCUCCACUUGGGGCGAGGAUGUCAUGUUGAACGCCGCCGGGGGGAUGAACAUUGCCGGCAACUGGCUACUCCCACGCCGGAAUUGGGAAAACCGGACAAAAUUCGAAGAAACUUUUGCGGUCAUCAAGCGGCAUAGUGAGAGUGGAAGGAUACUGAUGGGGUAUCACCAGGCGCCGAGGAACAGAGCCAACGUUGACAACGCCGUGAACAAUGCUUGGCGGGAGGCUGUCUGCUUCCUCAUCCUGGCGGCAGUGAUUGACGCGGAACCGUUAGCUUUCACCCCCGGUUUGAUCGGUGCUGCGUCAAGGGAGUUUAGAGAUGAAAUCCUGGCGCCAUUCAGAGCGGUUGCUCCGGAGAGUGAUGGUGGUGGGGCAUACUUGAACGAAGCUCAUGUUGAUGAUCCAAACUGGCGGGAAGCGUUUUAUGGAGGUCACUAUGAGCGACUGUCAAGUAUCAAGCAGAAGUGGGAUCCUGGGCAUGUCUUUUAUGCCACGACCGCAGUGGGAAGCGAGAGGUGGGAGGUCCGGGAUGGAGAUCAAGGGAUACAAACACAGAACGGGCGGCUAUGUCGGACUUGA